AUGUUGCGAAUUACGAAAAUUGUAGUUUUGGCUGUAUGUGCGGUGAUUAGCGCAUCUCAGCCAGUUCAGAAGCCGCCCAUCCUGAAGACGCUGCCCUCUUCAGAAAUAGUCAUCGGCCCUCCUGAUAAAGAAAUAACGAUUGAGUGCUUUACCGUAGACGUACCAUAUUCCUGGUUCAAAGACGGCAAACCGUACAUACCCCACGCCAACGUUGUCUUACUAGAAAACGAAGGCACCUUGGUCUUCAAAAAGCCAGACCUCUCCGACGAAGGACAAUACCAAUGUUUGGCCGAAACUGAGAAUGGAGUUGCGACCACACGAGUCGUCACUCUAAUGAAAGACUUGGACCCAAACGGCACCUUGAAAAAACACAAACCAAUCGAAGGAAAACCAUACAAACUGGACUGCACCAUCCCCAAAUCCUAUCCCCAACUAGACAUUAUCUGGUUCAAGAAAUCCUUGACUGACCCGAAUGACAUUGAAUUAGUUGUCGACCAACGUUUAUUGAAUUCCGCCCAAGGUGAUCUAUACUUUCCGAAUGUGACGAAAGAGGAUGCCAAACCUGGUUACAAAUACGUCUGUUAUGGAGGAGACCCGGCUUCAGGGGAGAUUCUGAAGCUAUCUGAACAUAUUCUAGAAGAUGUUUUGCCAAACAAGGAACCGAACAAUGGCGUAAUAGAAAAGUACCUCACGAAUGAGGAAACAGUCGAGGCUACUGAUUUCUCGUAUCUGUUCUGCAUUUUUGAUGACGAUCUUUUAGCAAAUCCAGAAUGGUUCAAAGAUGAUGAAGACGCGAAUAACGGUCCCAAUGACCGUGUCACGCGUCACAACAAUAGAGUGGGGAAGAGACACGCCCUCGAAGACGUGUUUGUGUCUGACGAUGAGAAGUACGCUUGUGCGGUGCGCAUUAAGGUCGGGGACCAGCAAACGGAUACCAUGGACUUGCAGGGCGUCAACGCGCCCGAAUUCAUCCAAGAUCCACCUACAAUGAUUGAGAAAUCGGACUCAGACCUCACGCUCCAGGACGGCCUGGCAACAGCACGGCCGCGCUCCUGAGCGUGAGCCAGGAGCGGGACUCCGUUGCGGGCGACUACGGCUGCCCGUGACCAGCGUGACCAGCGUUCACUUGUACUCCGAGACGCUAGUCUACGUGCACUGACCGACUUACCGCAGUUACGUUUAUUAAGAAUUAAGAUUGUAACUUUUGUACGUGUCAAUAAAUAAUUUUAUUUUA